UCGCGUGCUCGGCUAUCAAGGACCUGAUCUUGAUCGGUAACCACGACCAGGACCAAACUCAGGCUUAUCCAUCCGUAUAGAGGACCUAAUCCAUGGUCUUCAUCUUUGACAGCGGGUCAGUGCGCCUGUGAUUCGCCCGCCCACACACAGCUCGAAGAAGCAAUCUCGAAGAGCUAUUAGUACGAGCUGGCAGGGGAGGUUGUCGAUGAAAACGUAGCUGAACCCUGCAUCUCAGGUUUCCUCUUAAGCCCUGGACUUUUUGCCCAGUCAAUCUUAUGCCUGUAGUGCUUGAUACCUGGGGAUUUGAUACAUGGGCGUAUGCACUACUUGCUCCUUGAUGGCUUCGGGAUUAGGCCGGCGUUGGGCUCGGGGAUGGACCAACUCGAAUAGGAGCUUCAUUGUACGCCACCGUGACAUCGUCGGAAAGAACGGUAUCAUGGCUCAGCUCCAGACGCAGUUUGUAGAGAAAUGGAUUGACAAAGCCCAGCGCCAAAGAAGCUGGACGGACAAACGGUGGUAAAAAAAUAUAACAGUGUACUCCUGGCACAGGGCAAUCGAGAUCUUGACUGCCUGCGGUAUGAUUGGCAACGUGCGGGACACACGAUUAGUCAGCCCAAGAGACAACUUGAACGACACCGCACUCAGACUCCCGCAAGAAAGUCAACCUCUGUGCUCGAUGCCAGAGACCUUGUUCGUGGUAGGAAAAUACAAGAAGAAGGCACAGCCGUUCUCUCAUGACUUAUCCGACUUGAAAGCAUAGUGGCGAGCUCUGCGGCCAUACUUGAUUUUGACGGAAGAGCAGCCGUGGUAGAAAUCGCUGCUGCAGCAUUUACUUCUGCCUGGACAGGUGUUGUUUCCCCAUUCAUGUCUGAUGGACACUCUUACGGUAGGAGGUGCUGCGCUAUCGUUGCUGGUAAAGAGACUCUCGCCGGCACUGAACGACCGUGUUUUCUUGACUAUGCAUAUCUAUGGAACUACGAUUUGCAAGGACGCUGCUAGUUCUUAGGACAUUAUCCACGCCUUGAGGCACCAAUACAGUUGAACCUGGGAGCACUGGCCCUCCAAUUACUGCACGAAAUGGAAUGCGCGUGACGAACCCGACCAAAGACUUGAGAACAAUGAACUGAAAACGCACGGUCGCCUCCUUAGCGAAGCAACAUUCCAGCCACGUGUAUCGCAGAACCACUGCGAGAACGGUCUCCUUAGGCAAUCAGCUUCUCAUGAAAGCUGAGAAAGAUUCCUAGUCUCAUACACCUGCCAGGUAGGCGGAUAACUGUGUCUUUGCUUACCCACAGCGGUAAGCAGAUCGAGAUUCUUUCGCAAUCCCUCCUGUGACUCGACAUGAUGCUACAGACAUUACUCGCGUGCCAAAGAUCCGGCUUUGUCAUACCUCCUACGUUGCUAUAUUUUCAACAAAGGACGAGUCCAGAGGCCGCAAUCAGAGACAAAAGAGGACCGCAGCGCCAGAUAUAGCACUGCACAAAGAAACAUCGGCAUCGACUAUGGCAUUCUAUUUCGCAGUCAUGAUUCAUUGUUCUCAAUCUGUGGAAGGCAGGGGGGCCUUGGGAGAUUCAAAGAUCCCCACGGCCGCAAACACACAGAAUCAAUCAGCUCAACUUCUAGCCAGACGUUCGUCUGAUCAGGGAUUCCGGUGACAUUUCUUACUUUCGUAGGCCAGCGUACCACUGUUCGAAACUCAUCGCAUCCCAGCUACCCGAGCAAGCAAGCAAGCAGUCAAUCAAUCACGAGAAGACCACCAGUUGCAACAUGAUGCCGUCCACUCCCACAUCGCCGACUCUCCCGCCUCCGUCACCCUGUUCGCCCAACACCACCAGUCCUGGGCAGCAUCUACGUCGUCUUGUCGAACCGGUGCCUCAAUUGGUAGCCACAUCUGCCAUGCAGCAAAUUGACUCGAUCCUGAGUCCUGUGCACGAAGAAAGUCCGGCCGUCAACGGUAGUGAUUCAAACGGCUCGAUCUGCCGACGCAACAGCCUGAGCAGUCCCGUCAGCUCGCCAACACAGACGUGGUCCUUUGCGCUAGCACGCACUGGUGACCAGAGGGUUGACGAAUUCCGUUUCCAGCCCGCCGGCAUUUGCGAAGACGGCCGACAAAGCCGGAUGGCCAUGAGAAGUUCUCGGAUGACAUUGCCUCUGCGAGUGAACACCACAUGGACGGGCAUGCGGCGAACCGCCAGCGGCGCCGACCUUUCCCGAACCCAGAUGAUGACCAUGCCCAUGGCCUCGAGCGGCGACGAUAGAGUACCAUCCUCGCCAUUCUCCGACACGACAACUCUUGUGGACUGGACUUCUCCGACAUCAUCGCCGAGGAGACCGCGGACGACCGCACCGGCAGCGGCAGCAACACACAGGACCGACCUGGCAAACCGGUCCACCUCCACCUCCACCUAUCGAACCCCUUCCAAAAGACAGCUCGUCCGAGCCCGCAUGCCGAGUCCAAUCGGGACCGCCACAACAGCAACAGCAGGGUCCUCACCCUCUCCUCCACGAUCAUCACGGUCACCGAUUCGCAAAAAGCUAUGCUCGUCGCGGCGCGGCGGUGCGGCGCAUGUGCGGUGCCGCCUGCCCCCACCGCCCAAAUACCAUGUCGUCGUCCGUCCAAGUGGUACUGAAGAGUACUCGCCGACAACUCUGCGCAACCGCAUCCAAUACAUGCACAGCGUGAAGCACCUGCGCGCGCCGCUGGUGCCGCUAAUAUCAGUCUCUUCGGGGCUGGCGCACCCGGUCUUUCCCACCACGCUGCUGCAGUACCAUCUCCUGACGCACGAGCAGCUCGACGACCUCGCCCGCUGGUACCAUCAGGUCGACCCGCCCGUCGACGAAACGUUCAUGUACCCUGCUUGGAUCCCCGCUUGGACGAGCUUGGAUUCUGAAUCUGCUGAUGCUAACGGCAACGCCAUUCUUUCGGGUCCUGACUCUGACGCGGAGAACAACAACACAACCACAACAGUCAGUGGAGUUGAUCUCGAAACGAAACGCCGUCGCUUCGGUCGUUUCAUUGGCCUCCGAGGCUGCGAUAGUCCUACGACCGCCACAGCAGAUGGAAACGCAGAAAGGCCCGAAGAGCUGGCCAGGAGGAUGGAGAGGGAGUGGAGGCGCGCCCUGCGGCGUGCAGAGGAGGAAGAGAUGGCUUGGGAGAAGACCUGGAGGGGGAGAUGGUAGUUAUAAUCCAAGUAUGAGUCAAAUUAUACAUUUAUAGUAAUACUAGCAUUGGCCUCCAGAUGUAUACAAAUUUUAUCGAAUCUCAUUCAUUCCC